GGAAGCAGUUUAUAUGUUAUGCGGAAAUAUUUGUAAAAUUUACUCUACAAGUUUUUAUUAAUUAAUAUAUUAAUUUUUUGUCUUAUUUUUCCAUUAAUUUUUGCAGAACUGGACUGAAAGAACGGAUCCUCAAAAGUUUGUUUAUGAAGACUGUGCGAUAGCUGCGUAUUUAUCCAGUUUCUGCUUUUUCCUUUCUAAAAUGUUUUUUUGUUUCUAUGAUUUUACUGGUUACGGAUUAGAUGUGAGAAGAAGAAAAAUAUGGUCAAACUUUGAAGAGGCCGACUUAAGGGAAUUGGCUUUAAAUCCAGAAAAAGAUGUUAUUACUGAUGCCAAUUUCUUAAUUGGUAAUCAUAAUUUUUUGAAUUAUAAAAUGUGUUGCAAUUUUUUUCUCUUGCCUUGUUGUCCACAUAACUUCUAUGGGAUUUAUUCGCUGAAAAUAAAGACGAAAGAUGGAUACAGCAUAUAUCAUUCUUACUUAGAAUUCAUACGCAGCUUAUGUCUGAAGUUGGGCUUUGUAGUGGAAGAAGAUCGUUUGAAAAUACCAUCCACUAAGCGUCACUGUUUUUUCUGUACUGUUCCAAGUUCUGGUCUCUCUGCAGGUACAGACUCGAUCAUUAACGAAAUCUUGAUCAGCGCAAAAACUGGUCCGUUCACUGUGCGUGGAAAAGCUAUAGAGGUUUGGCAGAUCAUGUUGAAAAAGAUGUGUUACCCUUGGAAGUUUGCUCAAAAACACGUGCCAAUUUUUUUGAAAACUAUUUCCCAAGUUUCUGCAAUCUACAGGUGCGUAAUAUCUACUUUGUGCGACAUAGCAAAUCUCUUGGGACCAGAGGAGAAGAAGCUCUUGAAGAGUUCAUGCGGAGGUUUACAAACAUUCAUAAAAAAUCAGCACCAGAUUUUCAAAGUGAGUUUUAACAAAGCUGUUUUAAACCUUGUAAGUGACGGAAUAGUCUCUAUUCGUGAUUGGGCCAAAGACUGUAAGUCAGACGUAAAGAAACCGAAAACACGAAUGUGCUGGUUCCACCAAAAUCAUCCGCAAGGAUGUCCAUUAUCGGCAGAAAGCUGUAGUUUCAAACACUAA